UCGGAGCCGAUAACGUAGUUUACUAAAAAGUCUGUUUGACCUUGACAGUUGGGUCGGCGAGGGCAAUAUCGCGACGCUCGUAUGCUGCGAGUUCCUGGCGGACGUGCAUCAGCUGUGCGAGAUCACGGGCCCGAAUAGCAUAGGUAACUCUGGCCUCGAGCUGGUUAGCCUUCGUCGUUACCUGAACAACCAGCGAGGUUGGCGAUGUCUCGCGGCGCUUCAAUUGCUCGGAGUUCGCGAGUUAACCUGCGUACGGGAGCUCCUGGCACUCCUCGUCGCCCUCUACCCGCUCUUCUUGAUCCACCACGUAGACGAGGUCGAGAUUGGCUCGCGCAAUCCUUACCUCAGGUCUUAUCCUAACGACGACUGCCUCGAUGCCCUCGACACCCUCGACAUAAUGUUGCACAAGAAGAGGAGGAGGAGAAGGAGGAAAAUAAACACCGGGAAAAAACAGCGAGAGGAUGAAAGAGAAAGGAAAAAGGAAAGACAUAAGCACUACAACGGCAGUAAUAAUAGCGUACAAGAAAGGGGAUUGAUAACAAAGGAGUCGGAAAUUACAGACGAAUCGCCACUGCGCCGUCGAAGAAAAAGACGUAGCAACAACAAUAUCAAUUAUUACCGAAUGGCCAAUAAAUCCGUAAUAGACAAUCAUCAGCAGCACGAUCAGUCCAAGCAAUCGUUCAGCGAAAAUCCAAGCAGCGAGUCCGAAUUGUUGAGUGACGCCAUCGAUCAUAACCGCUCGCUAACCUUUCGAAUUCGUUUCAAUCCCAUUGAUUUUGAAUAUUUCACGUCGGUCGUCCAUAGCGAGGACGAGCGAUUAAAGGUAUGGCAGUUUUCCAAGUUCUGCGGCUACGAUAGAUCAAAUUGCGGUUACGAGUUCGUUGAAAUGUCGAGAAACCUGAACAGUACGUGGAAAAGUGCGUGGGAGGAUACGAUAGACGAGCGCAUGAAAGCUGUUAUGGAUUGUAAUGUGAGUCAAUUUGAGCUGAGCCUCUUGCUUAUUCAAUUGUUGUUAGCCUUGCAAGAGCACGCGACGUCGAGGGAGUCGAACAUAGCAAUGCCGGUUCUUAAAGUCGCUCUGGAUACCCUCUGGACGCUUCAAUUCAGUAACGAAUCAAUCGCGUUUUCCGUCCUCGAGUGCGCAACUUUAAAAGCCGCGACGGCUCGACUCAUGCUAUCGGGCUUGGAAAGAGUCCUCCAAGCCGACGAGCCCAUCACCGUCAUUAUUCACAAUGGACUGCUACCCAUGACAUUGAGACUACUCGAGGAUGCCUGCACUAAACCCAUUGCCAAUUCAAUGACCAAAGAGGAGGGCUCUCUACUACAGGAAUUGAUAUUUGCAACGACGCACGCUGUCAUUACGUUUCUUUACUUUCUACUCCAUCAAAGGGGCAGUGCCGAGAAAUUCAAGGACUUUCGCGAGCUCUUUCAAUUGUUUAUCGAAAGCCAGGAGGGCAAAUUGGUCGAGAGGAUUAUCCUAGUUCUUAUUGAAUUGCCGAAUAACGAUUCCAACAAGUCAAUCGACCGAGCCAGCAAAGUCAUCGAUAUGAUCGGUGCGCUAAUUUGUACGUUGAAGCGCAUGAAGCAAGAUUUGAGUCAGGCGAAUCAUUGCCGACGUCAUAAACACAAGACAUGCAUCGGUCAAGACGAGGCCACUUACUCUCAUCAUCACUUGGACAUUCUUGGCUCGCCAUAUUUCUCCGAGCCCGCUCACUUGGUCACCGCUCGAGCCUCGUUGUCCAAGCCCGUUUGCUCGAUAUCGUCAUUAUUCUCGACGCUAACCUCCCUCCUUAAGGAGACCCCCACCUUUAACAGCGAGCUGCAAAUUCGAUUGAUUAAAGUCAUGACAACGGCUGGCACCUGCUGCUGCUUUCCACCCAAGUACCUACUCGCCAGUAUAAUAACAUUUCUCAAGAAGGGAAACGGCCGGGCCUAUUGUUUCGCAACCGCACUCAUCGAGAGAACGAUAUUUAAGGAAUUGGGUGGCUAUUCACGCACUCACGAGACUUGCAAUUCUUGCAGCGCUCUCAAUAUUUAUUCCUGGGACUUUCUCGACUUUUACGUCGAGCUGCUGAAUCCAGAGGACAAAAAAUUGUGCCACAUUAUAAUACGACACUUGCUCAAAGUUGUGCCAAACUCGACCGCCGCCGUCAAGCAGGAGCUGCUUUUUCGCGUAUUUUAUCCACUUUUUAUUAAGGCGAAGGCCUCGUUCGAGCGCACUAAUACCGAAUUUAUGACAAUAAAAUUUCUCAUCCAGUCCUGUUUAUCGGCCAUUACGAGCCUAAUCGUCAAUCCGAUUAUGUUCCAAAAGUUCAUAGAAUUAGAUGGCUUGGAUAAGGUGCUUAAUUUACUACCCAAUCAAGCAUUCGUUAAAAGUGUUUAUGCCCUAUUGGAAAUUUCGGUGAUAAUGGAAAUUAAGGGCAUCGAAUUUAACGAAGGGAAUAAGGAGAAAAGUACAAAUUCAAAGAGGCCAGCUGCCACCGCUCUAUUCCAUUUUCUAGAACAAGAAACGAUCGCUUUAUUGUCGAUACUGCGAUAUUUGCCCGAUAAUGGUGAAAAUUGUCAAGGCAACGAAGAGGGACUGAAGCAACGUGCGGCAUUUCAUCAGGCCAGCGGAGUUUGGAGAGCGACAGCCGGAGUUUUACUUUGCAGCCCGAAAUUUCGAACCGAGCUCAAAAACAAUCCUAUUUUUGACAAUUCGAUUAAUCUUGCCGAAUCAUUGGCAAUCGCCAUUGCUACCGAUCGAUUUAACGGUGGAAAUAAAUUUGCCCUCCGAGUUAUGGAAGCUGUAGUCACGUGCUGCCUAGUUGCAUCAAUUUCAAGUAAGCGGAAAAAUCUUUCUCCCAUCAACAUUAUGUCGAUAAUCGCGAUAUAA